AUGAGAACUUUGAAUCCUCGUAUCUCGACAACCAAUCGAGAUAUCGUGACGGGACUCGAGCCAGACUUCGUAUACCCGUUGGAGAACUUAACGAUCUCGCAGGGUCGAGACGCAACCUUCACCUGCGUGGUGAGCAACCUCGGUGGAUACCGGGUGAGUCCUUCCUCCUCCGUGAGCGGAGAUCACUCUGGCGGCGCCAAGGCCCGGGGCCAGGUGGCGUGGAUCAAAGCCGACACCAAGGCCGUCCUGGCGAUUCACGAGCACGUGAUCACGAACAACGCCCGUUUAUCAGUUACACACAGUGACUACAAUACGUGGACGUUGAACAUUCGUGGAGUACGCCGAGAAGAUCGGGGCAUUUAUAUGUGUCAGGUCAACACGGAUCCUAUGAAGAGUCAGAGUGCGUUUCUUGAAGUGGUGAUACCGCCGGAUAUAAUAUCCGAAGAAACCUCGAACGACCUGAUGGUACCCGAGGGUGGGUCUGCAAAACUAGUAUGCAAAGCCCGCGGUUAUCCAAAACCUGAGAUCGUUUGGAAACGGGAGGAUGGCGCCGAGAUUAUUUCCCGUGCCGGAUUGUCUGGUGGCAAAACGAAAUUAGCAACCGCCGAAGGAGAAACGCUGACUCUGUCGAAAGUAACCAGAAGCGAGAUGGGCACUUACCUGUGCAUCGCGAGUAACGGAGUACCACCAUCAGUCAGCAAACGGAUGAUGUUGCAUGUGCACUUUCACCCCAUGGUUCAAGUACCGAACCAGCUAGUCGGAGCGCCAACUGGAACCAACGUUACGCUGGUCUGCCUCGUCGAAGCUUCCCCCAAGGCCAUUAAUUAUUGGACACGCGAAUCAGGUGAAAUGAUAAUUAGCAACCACAAAUACUCGAUGUCAGAGACGAAGACGUCCGUGUACAGUGUACAGAUGCGGUUGGUGAUCAUGAAUCUGCAAAAACAGGAUCUCGGUGGUUACAAAUGCAUCUCGAAGAACUCGAUCGGCGAUGCCGAGGGAAACAUUCGACUUUACGACAUGGAUCUGCCGAAACACUCGAAGAAAUUCAUAAGAGGGGAGGAUGACACGAACGAGGCGAUCAGCGAUCGAGAUCACAGACUGAAUCACGUGUAUCAAGGUUCUUUACGGGAAACAGGUUCGACUUUGGAGCCAUUCUUCGACGGCGACGACGUGUCUUCGUCCACGUCCUCGAACGACAUUCUACCACCCGCCUCUUGCAUCCUUUUGAUAGCAUUUUCCCAAUUUUUCGCUUUCACGUAAAGAACAUUAUUAAAAAAAAGAAAAAAGAACACGCGUGAUUAACGAAGAAAAAAAAAAAAGAGAAGGACGAAGAAAUCAUAUAUUUUUAUUUCAACGACGACGACCAUCGAUUUUUUUUUCCCCCGUGUGUUUUACGCAUUCUGUGCUGCGUUAUACCGCGAAACAAUAUGAUUUUGGAACGAUUACGUUUAACGAGGUGUUUGCGUCUCAUCGUUGCAUUUGUUCGAUCACUCCAUCGAUGAUACUCUACAGGAUCUAGCCGAUAAAUUAGAAUCGAAAUGGAAUUAUUUGCAGAGUUUAUUCGGUAAGUAAAGAUUACUAAACGAUUAUUUUAUUAGUUAUAUUUAUUUUGGAUAUUUGAAGUUAAAGAAUAAGGAAAAAUAUUCGUAUCGUUUCUUUCAAAGGAUUUAUUUUACGAACAUGUUACAAAAUAAAAUUGAUCGACGAGAAUUACAUACGAAAAUGUUAUUCGACGUACAGUCGACAAAGUUUGUUACACACCAUUCUACUAUACAAAUUUAUACAAAUUUUGAUAUUUCAUUUUGGAUCGAUUAACUUUUUCUACAACUUUUCGCAAUACAUUUGUCUAUAGUUUGAAAAUAAAUAAAUAACGCGUAAACGUAAAAAGGGUUUAGCUGAAUUAGAGCAAUUUUAUACGAAACUUCGUGAUCUGCACUGUUGAAUGACUGAUAAAAGUAUCGUAAGCCUUAUCGGUAUACUUUUUAACUAAAAAUUCGAGAAUUCAUUAAACUGGACCAAAAUACUAAUAUAUCUAAUAUAUCUAAACGAAAAAUUUCUUCGAACGAUUACUUAGAUCCUCUGAUUCUUCAAAAAUCGAUAUUCUAUUUAUCAUUUAAAAAAAAAAAUGUACAAUAUAUACAAGUGAGAACCAACAAUUAAACGUCCACAUUUUAUAUCGCGAAAUUCGCAAAUAUCAAAUCUAUAUUACUUAUCAUCAAAUUUUUAAUUAUCAUAUUUCGAGAUUUAAACAUUAACUUCACUUGUAAAAGCUCGAAUCGAACAACAAAUUAUACAAAUUAUAUUUCAUCUUAUUUGUUAAAAUUUUGAAAAUUUAUUCGUUUCUUUAAUUCACUCGCGAAUAAGAGAAAGUUUAAAAAAUUGAUUUUUAACCAGAAAUAUUUCGGGAUCGUUUUAGAAGGCGAUAAAUUUAAAUUCGUUUUCUCGGUGUGUUGGGCAUUUUUAUCUUCCCAAUUAGGAAGACACGUCUCGUUAGAGCAAUUUCGCCAUCCACCUGUUACUCUGUAAUCUACUUGACCUAUGUGUAAGUCCACACUUUAAUGUAGCACCACUCGUGCGAUCUUUCAACAAAAGAACCAGACCAGAGAAGUAUUUUAAAGUGGUUUUAAAAAUACGCGCCAAUGUGUCAGGUAGUUAAAUACGGUAAAUGACUAUAAAAACCGAAGCGGUUGAAGGGAAGAAAAACAUAUAUAUAUAUACUCUUGGCCUAUUAAAUGAUCGUUUUUUAACGGUUGAAAUUCAAGAAGGGAUCAUAAAAAUUUAGAGAUUCUAAUUUAAAAAAAUUAUAUUACAAUCAACUAUAAUAAAUUUCGAAUUUUUAAACUUCGAUACUUCGAUAAUCUUUUUUGUUUUUACUAAAAUUAUCCUCUAAAUAAUAUAUCGUUAUAUAAAAUUUCUCGGGAAAUGAUACCAGAAUUUCGUAUAAAUUUUUAAUUUGUCUAAAACAUAAUAGGAUACACGUAAAGCCAACAAUCCUCUUUUGUAAUCUACUAAAAUAAUUUCCCUUUGUAAUCAUUUCACAUUAUCCCCUAUAAUUUAAUAUUGUUUCGUUACACACGGAAUUUUAGAUAGAAUACCUCGAUUAUUAUUUCAUUCUUUGACAACUACACACAGAAUGACCAAUUAUCCUUACUUUCUCUUUUCGAGAAAAACAGAUAAUUAAAAUACCAAAAAAAAAAAAAACUCCCAAAUUUUAUUUCGUAAUUUUAUUUUUAUUUGUUGAUUAAUCCUAUCGUCAUUUAACCUAUUCAUUUCUUAAUUUUUAUCAACAAUUGUAAUAAUACCGGGAUUCUUCGAUGCAAGCAGAAAAUUUAACCCCUUCCUAUUCUAAAUAACGUCACGAAAAAAAAAGAAACGAGCGAGCGAGCGAGCGAAAAGUGGUUAAAAAUUGAAACGAAAUUGAAUCCUUCUCGCUCGGCAUCGUCCACAAAUUGAGCACGCCUAUCGGAUAACGAGAAUGCCCCGCAAAAAAAAAAAAAGAGUCCCCAACAACCCCGCCCCUCUACGAUUCAUCGAAUUUCAUUCGAUCCACACCGAUCAUCUCGAAAGCAAAUCGAGCAAAAAAUCUCCGCGACUUUAGACCUUUCCCCCUUUUGUUUAUUUACUCGAGGAGGAAAUGGAGGCAUCCACCCCUCCAUCCUCCAAUAAACUCCGUCCACGGAGGUGGUGUGCAUUAUCGCGUCUGGUCCUGCGACGAACGUGAAAUUAAUAUUCUAAAUAUCGGAGAAACGUAGUUUACGAACAUCUCUCGUCACGUCGAACAGCUCGCUCCACCGUGUGAUUGUUCAUUCGUAGGCUUAACGAGAUAUCUCGUUAGCGGCGCAUGUUCGUGUCCCUCUCUACUCGACGAAACGGCCCGUCGAAUUGUCCUAUCUGUUCCAGUGAUAGAAUUAUUAAAUCCCGUGUUUUCUCUCUUUUUGUCCUUUAGCGGUGUCCAACGGACGUCUUCCUUUCUUCUGUCCUUUUUUCAAUGGGGGGAGAAAUAUGCGCGUCUCUUUUCAACGCGAGUUCAGUGUUUCUCAAGGUAACGCGUGUGGAAUAAAAGGGAUGAAUUUUGGAGAAUAAUGUAUUUAUUUCUCAAGACAGUGAUACCGAUCUCUGGUAUAUUUAAAAAUCGUUAUGGGAAGGGGAGAGUUAAAGUUUUUAAGAUGUUGUAUACAAAAAGAGGGAUUUUGAUAAGAUACAUUCUCAAAGAAUGAUUCACGGCAGAGGGAUAAUAAAAAUUUUUGAAGGCUCAGAUUGAAAAGAUUUGAAAAUUAUAAUGCUAAGGAAAGAUUCCAGUUUUCCAAAAACGGAGGAAGAAUCAAAGAGUGAUGAAAAGUCAUUUAAGAGAAAUAAAAAUCUUGCGAUAAAUGCAAAAAAAAAAGAUUGAGAAACACUGAUACGGAGGAAAAGGAGGAGUAAGAGAUGUCUCGUUGAAAGUGGACGUGGUAUUAUUAUAAUCGUUGACAAGGAUAUCAGGCAACCGAGAUAAAUAAACGUGAAAUUUAGUUACGUACCUCGUGUGAAUUUAAUUUGAUUAAAACGAAUCGACGAAAUGUAUUUAUAAAUGAUAUGGAGGAUGGUUGGAUAAUUUGUUGUUCGAUGACUUUUGAUAAUUCUCACUUCGUCGACAACUCAUUGAACGAUAAUUUACAAUUGAGAAGAUUGUUUAAAAAAAGUUACAUAGACUUGAAAAAAAAAGAAAAGGAAGAUUUGAAAAAUGAUAAAGGAAUCCAUUGUUUUACGAUAAUUUAAUUUGAUUAAUUCUUCUUUUCUUUCUUUUUUUAAUUAGUAGCUUAAUAAUCGUUAAAAAAAUUUACACAGAGAUUUCAUGCGUCAAUUUUUUACUAAUGAAUCCAAUUAAAAUUACGAACGGUAUUAUUCACACGUUUCAUUAGAACAAUGAAAAAAAGUGAAUGGAAAUUUCAUCGUUGAUGUAGGUAUCAUCGAGAGGAAAAAAAUGUGAAUUCCAUUAUUUCGUUAUUUCCUUUUUUCUUUUCUUUUUUAUUUUUAUAUAUAUAUAUAUAUUUUUUUUUUCGAUGGAGAACAAGAAAUAAAUUGGCAAUUAUCAGCAAUAUUUAUGCGAAUCCAAUACAUAUCCCUAAUCAAUUACAACGUAGUGAUAAUUAAUUUGACAUUUUUAAGCAACGAUUAGGAGUACACAAGUCUGAAGAUAUAAGUUAGAUUUGUAAUAAAUGCGAAACAAAAAAAAAUUGUACAGAUGACCUGAAUUUAUGGUAAUCGUUACACGAAUUACAAAAUUAAAUUGACAAAUUAUUUAAUUAAUAAAGUAAUUUAAAGUUACUGUAGGAAAUUUAGUUAACGAGCAAAGAAAAAUACAUCUUUUAAUAUUCGAAUUAAAGUUUUCUCAGUUUUAUAUCAAAUUAUAUAUUUCAUACUUAUUCUUUCUAUUUAAACUUUUAAUGAGUUCAAAAAUGGAAAAAAGUUCUUUUGUUAACAGCAGAAACAAUUAGAUCGAUCAAUUUCUUUAUUAAUUUUGAUAUAUAAUGGUAUAUAAUACCGUUAUUUUAAUAUUUAUUUUAUUUUAGAGACAAACAUACUAUCCAAAAUUGUAAAUCAAAUCUUUACCACGAAUUGAACCGAAGCAAUUUUCCUAGCUUUUUUCUUUUUGGAAAAAUGGCAAAAAUUUAAAUUCAUAUCCCAAUUGAAAAUCUCAAUGGAAAACGUAUAAUUUAAAAAAAGUUAUAUAUAAAGUUAAACUCUAAUAGGAAGAGAUCAACAUUCAAAUUUUUAAUAUUAUCUCAUAAAAGUUUUCAAAAUUCGCAGAUGAAAUAAUACAAAUUAAAUCCUUGAAAUAUCUAUCAAUGUGAAUCAAGAGGUAUAUAAAAAAAAACCACGCAUAAUCAAAAAUUUUCUUCUGUCACGAACUGGACAAGAAUAAUUCCAAACCAACAAAAGAUCAUAUUUUAUUCUAUCUAAAAAAACGUUAUAAAAAUUAUCUGUGUAACGAUAGCGAUAAAUGCACUGCCACAACAGUAAAAGUAUAGUCGAUCCAUUCAGCGUGCAGCGUGCAGCGUUUUAGCUCCCAUUUUUCCAUCUCUCGCGAGUAAAAAAAAAAAAAAGAGUGAGACGAAGAAAAAAAAGAAAGCAAAAAGGGGAAAAAAGAGAAGAAAGAAAAAAAAAAAGUCCAAAAAAGAAGAGAGUCGCGCGAUCAAGCACAAAAUCAUUAAUUAAAAGUCGUCGUAGAAGCGUGAAAACGAAGUUGUAUCCUGUGCUUUCGAUACUGUUAUAUCGGUGUGCAUGCAGUGAACGCCACGUUGUUCGUAUGAUGAGCUUCCACCAGUAUGUAGUGUAAAGUAAAAGAAAUAAAGUAAAAUUAAAAAAACAAAAAAAAAAAAAAA